AGAGAGAAUCCCAGGUUGUCUCUCUCGUUUUUCUCUGUUCAUUGCUGAGAAUCGAGUGCAUCAAUUUCAACAAAAGCAAUAAUGUGUUAUUGUAGCGAUGGUCGUUCAAAUGAACACAGAAAAGCCGCAAACUCUGCACAACCGCCACUAACGGUGAUACAACUGCCGAGGCGCGUGGCGGAUCCAUUUGCCAUCCUGAGGAGGUUACUGAUUGCCACCGUAUCCUUCUUAGCGGUUACCACUCUCUUAUUCGUCCAUGUUCAAGUUCCAUCUUCUUCUUCUUCUUCGUCUUCCUCUCACUCUCAUCGUAACUACUUCACUGACAAGUUUCCCGCGUUUCAUGAUCCGCAAAGAUGGACGAGAGAGCAAGCGCCGCCGUAUUUAUCCAAGGCUACAUUUGCUGCUUCCAAGUUGAAUGAUUCAAGAUGGGAUUCAGAUUAUGAGAAACUGUGGAAGCCUCCACCAAAUCAUGGCUUUCUGCCCUGCACUAAGCCUACUCCUAAUUAUACAACUUAUCCCGAAUCGCGAGGUUACCUUUUAGUUCAUACAAAUGGAGGUCUCAACCAAAUGCGUACCGGGAUAUGUGAUAUGGUAGUUGUAGCUCGCAUUAUAAACGCCACUCUUGUAAUUCCGGAACUUGACAAGAAAUCAUUUUGGCAGGACAAUAGCAAUUUCUCUGAUAUCUUUGAUGAAGAGUGGUUCAUUAAUUCUUUAGCUAAUGAUGUAAAAAUCAUUAAUAAGCUACCUAAAAAUCUAGUUCAUGCCACCAAAAUGGUGAUCCAAUUCAAAAGCUGGUCUACAAUGGAUUACUAUGAGAAUGAGAUUGCUUCCAUGUGGGAUUUUUACAAAGUUAUUCGAGCUUCCAAAACUGAUUCUCGGUUGGCAAAUAACAAACUACCUUCGGAUAUUCAGAAGCUUCGCUGCCGAACUUGUUUUGAAGCUCUUCGUUUCUCUCCUCGAAUUGAACAAAUGGGGAAGAUUUUGGUGGAGAGAAUGAGAUCAUUUGGUCCUUAUAUCGCGUUACAUUUACGCUAUGAGAAGGAUAUGCUUGCAUUUAGUGGUUGCACACAUGAUUUAUCUACCGCCGAAGCUGAAGAGUUAAGGAUUAUAAGAGAGCGCACUGCAUAUUGGAAGAGGAAGCACGUUGAUCCCAUUGAAGAGAGGUCAAAAGGACUUUGCCCCUUAACUCCAAAAGAAGUUGGAAUUUUUCUUACUGCUCUAGGAUACCCUUCAAGUACUCCAAUAUACAUUGCUGCUGGAGAAAUAUAUGGGGGUGAGUCGCAUAUGGCUGAACUGCGAUCGCGGUAUCCAUUGUUAAUGAGCAAGGAAAAGCUUGCUUCCGUUGAGGAGCUUGAACCCUUUUCCAUCCAUGCAUCUCAAAUGGCUGCUCUUGACUAUAUUGUAUCGGUCGAAAGUGAUGUUUUUGUACACUCUUACCCCGGAAACAUGGCCAGGGCUGUCGAAGGUCAUCGUCGUUUUCUCAGCCGUGGAAGGUCAAUUUCUCCGGAUAGGAAAGCCCUUGUUCAUCUCUUUGAUAAACUAGCUAAUGGAAAAAUGACAGAGGGGAUAAAUCUAUCAAAUAAAAUUAUUGAUCUUCACCAAAAAAGGCAAGGCUUGUUAAGGAAGAGGAAAGGGCCCAUUUCAGGAACAAAAGGGUUGGACAGGUUUCGAUCUGAAGAAGCAUUUUAUUCGAAUCCUUUACCUGAUUGUAUAUGUCAAACACCAACACCAACUGCAAAUGCUUCUCACGUUGUUAGGUAGAUCUAGAUAGAUACAUACAUGAUACAUUGUCCUUCAACCAUGUUUUAGGCGUGUGGUGGCAGAGUGUAUAUAAUCCUUAUCAUUAAGGAGGAAAGUUGGAAAGGGAAAGAAAAUUUUGAAAAAAAAAAGUAGAGCCAGAUGGAAGAUUUAGAAUACAAAAUUUAGGAUGUUCUAGAAUAUAUUGAU